AUGGAUUUGAGAUUAACUGUGUGCGACGGAGGUGUUUACGUGCGGAGUCGGGGCGGGGAAGGGGCCGGAUCGAUGCUGGGCGGGUCGGGUGUGCGGGGCGGAGCGGGGCGGGGCGGGCGGAGGGCGCCGGCCGCCGCCACGCCCGGCGGCGGCGGCGAGCCUCGCGCCGCCCGCCUCGAUGUCGCGCGCCCCCACAGUGUGCCCCCACCCGUGCCCCGUGCCCUCUGUCCGACCGCGGCACAGCGACGCGCGCGCAGCGCAGCGCCCCGCACCGCGACACCCGCUGCCCCGCGCCUGCGCCCCCUCUUUCUGUGGGCGCGACAGCUGGACGGCACCGUGCAGGAGGUGCGCUGCGAGGACUACGACUCCAGGAACCGCAUCCGUAUAGCCCGAACUCCGCUCGGCUGGCGGGUCAUCCCGCGGACGGAGAUCUACAACUCCAUCCGCCUGCCGCCGCCUCCCGCUCCUGUGCCGCGCCGUAGAACUGCGCGGGAGAGACGUCGGCGCAAGCGCCGCGGCGGCUCCCGGCGCAGGGUGCGUUCGCCGCGCCUCGAGCAGCAGUGGCUGGCUCCAGAUCUGGAGUCGCACAUCCCGUCACAUACGAUAGCCGUUCCUCGGGCGCUGCCCCCAGUGGCCACGCCGCUGGACAACCUCCUGGCUGUCGCUGAACUAGAGUUUAAUCAACAACGUAGCGAGGAUUGCCUGGAAGCCACCAGUCCGACCCAUCCGUCUUACGAGUUCAUCCCCCCGGAGGAAACACCGCAAGACGCGAUGUCCUUCGAGAUAGGACAGGCGAAACCGACUGAGGAGAUGUUCUUUGAAAGGAAAGUGCCCUCCGAAAGAGCUGACGAGUUUCCAGGAGAUAUGUCAGAGCACAAGGACCUGUUCGAGACGAUCAGCGAGGCGCAUUACUUGCCCGAGUUGGACGGGCCUCACGAUGAGGCGUUGCUGGAGUCUCUGGUAGAAAAAGGCUGUGAAGACAAUCAGAUACUAGGACAAGCGCUAGAUAAGUUGGCGCAUCUUGUGCACUCGGCCCCCGACUACCCUGGAGAGGACGAAGACAUGUUGCUCGGGAACGCACCUGUAUCAGAUAUUAUAGAGCGUCUAGAGCAAUCCCUCGAGUCUCCCAGUCGGAGCAGUAUGACGGCCGCUCAAGGCCUGCUGCAUUUACAUCACAUAGGUGACCAUUUGCAGCAUCCCGAGCAACAGCAAAUGGAUACUUACAUGUCCGAUGCUGUUUUCGCUACGGAAGAAUGUGGCCUUCAAAGUUUAGAUGCGCCGGAAGUGCAGAAUAAUAAUGACGUAAAGGAUAUGGAAUUUAGUCAUAACGAUGACGAAAAGAGGCUAGAUAACGACGUCGGUAUGACCGAUAUCAUGUAUACUGAACAAGUACCUGACUCGAACGAGACAUUCUUAGAUAAGCAAUUUGAGGAACCCCCGGCGCCAUCAUUACCAGAUCACUCUGAGGUUAUGCUACCCGUGGCUGAAGAGCCGGAGCCGGAACCGGAACCGGAGGAACAAAUAAGCGAAUGUGUUUUACAGAGUGAAAAAAGUGACAGUGAAUCAAAGAAUCACGACAAUCAAAAAAGAAGUUGA